AACAAUGUGGGAACUUGACCAAUAACAUAUAUGAUGACCAUGGAUCAUCAUAUAUGUAUAUAUAAGUAAGUGUGGGGCUGACCGGUCUGCUUUAGUUUCUUCAUUCUUAUCUCAAUUAUCAAACACACUACUGUUGUUAUCCCCUAUGGCUAUAAAUAAACGAACGCCCAGCAGCCUUAGUGCCCAUAGCAGCAGCAGCUGGGGUAAUACUCUUUAACAAAGAGAGAAGUUAAACACAUACAGCUCAUCAACUAUACAGAGAUAUGGCAGUUGGUCAGCAGGCAGCAGCAGAAGCAGCUAAGUCCUCUCUGAGUAUCUUCUGUGUUACCCUCCUGCUAAUUUCCACCCAGCUGCUGAUUCAAUCCCCCACAGUGCUUGCAGCUCCACCAGCUUUAGUAUCAUCCCAGCAGUCAAUAAAAGAAGAGAAGGUCGUCAUCGACAACAUUAAUAGUAGAAAGAUGCAUGGGGGGCUCAAGGAAAAUAAAGGUACUCGCUCGUCAUCUGAUGGAUGUGGAGCACUAGACGCAGUAGGUCCUAGAGAUGCAUACAAUCGAGCACGUCUUGGAAAUCCAUACAAUCGAAGGUCAGGUCUUGGAAAUUCGUUCAUUCGACGGUGCCCACCGGGCAGCAGGCACAGGCAGCCUCACAUGCACCCUUAAGCUGAAUGAUAUCAGAUGCAUAAUUACACAGAGUCAAUAAUUAUUUGGUUUAUUUAUCUUUCCUAAUGUGUGAAUCACUCUUAAAGUGCAAUCACUGUCGGAUUGCUUUAAUUUUUAACUAGCUAGCUAGUAAUUAGAAGAUAUAAAGGUCUAUUUGUUUGUGUGUGCCUGAUCAUAUAAUAUGUGAACAUGCAAAACUGAUGCAUGCUUGUAUGAUGAGAUGUUUUUGUGCUAAUAAAUUCCUACUUUCAUCUC